ACAAGCCCCCAGAAUAUAUUAGAAUAAUACGAAUAGAAAGGUCUCCCCCUCCCCAGCCCCUUUCUGUCCCCCCCCUGAGCUGAGGGAGGAGGGGGAGAGAAACUAAAAGGGGCCGUGGGAGAGCAGCGCGAUGCGGAGCCGCUGAGGCGCUGCGAGCCGGCCGCCAGCAUCCCGCCGGCAGCCGCAGCCGGGAGGACGAGCGCGGCCUCCCCAUCGUGGAAGAGGCCGGCGAGAAGGAGGCUGUGAGGUCUGCUGAAGAUGUCCGAUAGUCUGGAUAUUGAAGAGAAACCUCCAGCCCCACCGUUGAGAAUGAACAGCAACAAUCGCGAUUCUUCAGCACUAAACCACAGUUCAAAACCGCUCCCCAUGGCCCCUGAGGAGAAGAACAAGAAAGCCAGGCUUCGCUCCAUCUUCCCAGGAGGAGGGGAUAAAACCAAUAAGAAGAAAGAGAAGGAACGUCCGGAGAUCUCUCUUCCUUCAGACUUUGAACACACGAUUCACGUGGGGUUUGAUGCCGUCACUGGAGAAUUCACAGGCAUUCCAGAGCAGUGGGCCAGGCUACUACAGACCUCCAACAUAACAAAACUAGAGCAGAAGAAGAACCCACAAGCAGUUCUUGACGUCCUCAAAUUUUAUGAUUCCAAAGAAACAGUUAACAACCAGAAAUAUAUGAGCUUUACAUCAGGAGAUAAAAGCGCCCAUGGAUACAUAGAAGCCCAUCCUUCGAGCACAAAAACAGCAUCAGAACCCCCGUUAGCGCCUUCUGUUUCUGAAGAAGAGGAUGAAGAAGAUGAGGAAGAGGAAGAUGACAAUGAACCUCCGCCUGUUAUUGCACCACGGCCUGAACAUACAAAAUCAAUCUACACUCGCUCUGUAAUUGAACCUGUUGCUGCACCAGCACCGGCUAAAGAAGCCACAACUCCCCAGCCUGAAAACUCGAACACAAAUACUCUGUACAGAAACACAGACCGGCAGCGAAAAAAGUCCAAGAUGACAGACGAGGAGAUCCUAGAGAAACUGAGGAGCAUAGUGAGUGUGGGAGACCCUAAGAAGAAAUAUACCCGAUUUGAAAAAAUUGGUCAAGGGGCAUCAGGAACUGUUUAUACAGCAAUAGAUAUCGCCACAGGACAAGAGGUGGCCAUAAAGCAAAUGAAUCUCCAACAGCAGCCCAAAAAGGAACUAAUUAUUAAUGAAAUCCUGGUCAUGAGGGAAAAUAAGAAUCCCAAUAUUGUUAACUAUUUAGACAGCUACCUAGUAGGCGACGAACUCUGGGUGGUUAUGGAAUACUUGGCUGGAGGCUCUUUAACCGAUGUUGUUACAGAGACGUGUAUGGAUGAAGGACAGAUAGCAGCUGUAUGUAGGGAGUGCCUGCAAGCACUGGAUUUCCUUCAUUCAAACCAAGUGAUUCACAGAGACAUCAAAAGCGACAAUAUUCUUCUCGGAAUGGAUGGAUCUGUCAAAUUGACUGAUUUUGGCUUCUGUGCUCAGAUCACCCCUGAACAGAGUAAAAGGAGCACAAUGGUCGGGACUCCUUACUGGAUGGCACCAGAAGUGGUGACACGAAAAGCAUACGGUCCCAAAGUUGACAUCUGGUCGCUCGGGAUCAUGGCAAUAGAAAUGGUGGAAGGAGAACCACCUUACCUUAAUGAAAAUCCUCUCAGGGCGCUGUAUCUGAUAGCUACAAAUGGGACACCAGAGCUGCAGAACCCUGAGCGACUCUCUGCUGUGUUUCGCGACUUCCUGAACUGCUGCCUGGAGAUGGAUGUGGACAGGCGAGGGUCUGCCAAGGAGCUUCUGCAGCAUCCAUUUUUAAAAUUAGCCAAGCCUCUUUCCAGCCUGACUCCUCUGAUCAUUGCAGCAAAGGAAGCAAUUAAGAACAGCAGCCGCUAGUGCUUCAGGCUGGCUUUCUCCCAUGCCAGCUCCCUCCAGAGCAGGACUGAGAAAAAAAAAACUCUAUAAAACCUCAACGCUUCUGCUGCAGGAUGGAUGGAUGGAUGGAUGGACAGACCAACAGUCGCAGUCAUGGUGGUAGGAGGGGAGAACAACUGUUCUCCAGUCCCUCAAUGAGUAAAAACUUAUCACGUGUCUUCUUCCUGCUUUCUGGCUCCUUAAUUUAUUUUAAAAAUGAAACAGGGCUUAAGACAGAGAGGUAAUGACAGAAAAUGCUUUGCUGCUUCAGCCAUUUCCAAGGUAAAGCAAAUGCAGUUGGAAGAUUCCCUUCCUUCUCUCCCUGUGAAUAAGCUGUACAUUCACUUUUAAAUUGUCAAUUGUUUCUUAAAGAUGCAGAGUCCCUUUUAUGUUAUUUUUUUUAUAUGGUUUGGAAUUGGAGAAGGGUCUUCUUCAUUCAUAACUCCAGACUGCACUGCCUUUUGAAUACAGUCCACUCGCUGGUAUUUGCCCAAUCAUAAUACUUCUAGAUGAGGAAGAAAGUGAAAUUGCAUUUCCAACCAAAACCGAAUCAGGAGUGGAGCAGACAAAAUAUCCUGUUGAGAUACAGGCUUUCAACUGUGAAUAUAUAGUGUUUCUGUUCUUGGCAGUUUGAUUUGUAUAACUAGUUGUAAUAUGGGUGAGAGUCUUACUAAAACAAGAAAGCAGAAAGAUUGGUGUGCUCAGAAAGGGCUUGUGUGAUGCAAAGCUGUAAGAGAGAUGUGAAGUGAGAGCAGGUCCAGCCUUGCUCAGCGCCGAGCCCCAGCGGAUCCCUUUGCAGAGCACGGAGCAGUGUCUGCAGCCCUGGGCUGGAAGGAGGCGCUCAUAGCAGCGAGCAGCAGCAGCCUGGUGCUGGGUGCUCCCCUUUUCCUGGGACCAGACUGAUCGCCCCCAGUGUCAGAGCCAAACUGGCAGUGGGCUGCUCCUGAGGGUAACUGCAGCCAUGCUUCCCAACGCGCAGACCGGUGGGAUUAGCCCUCUUGGGUUUGUGCGGGAGCAAAGGAGGGAAAAACUGAGCUGGGCGUUGCUGUCACUUGUGAGGACGCCUGCUCCCCUGUCUUCUUGUAGCUCCUGGGAAAGGUCAGUAGCAUCCGUGCCCCUCUUGGCAGAGGGGAAGGCAGCCAGACUGCUCUGCAGGCUCCGUGCAGGUGAGUGUGCUUUAGGUGCACGAGUGCUGUCACAGGAACUGCGACACUGAUGCAAAUGAGUGACGGCUUCCAGGGUUCGAAAGCCAGUGCCCCGGACAACUUGGGAAGAAAGUGCAUUUAAACCUGAAGCCUCGCACUGAGCAAGAGCAAAGGUACGAAAUGCAGAGUAGAUUGCAGAAACAUUUAGACCCAUAAAACCCGCCUGCUUUCUGCUCUCCGGCAUACAGCAGGCACUGCUGAAUGCAGUUCUGAGUUGCUGAGGGAGAGUGAAUCCUGGAUGUGACUGAGGAUUGCGCUCAACUAGUCAGCUGAUUUGUAAGGGAGCAGAAUAGUUGUAGUAUGCCGUUUGUGUUUUAUUUAUUCUUUUCUGAAAGAAAGAUGAAGUGCGGUUUCACUCAGAAAAAGCACUUGUAUGGGAUAUUUGUUGCUGUACUUUAUUGGUACAACUAAUCAAAGACCUCCAAAACAGCAUUUAAAUCAACACUUACAUAAUGAGCAAAAAAAUGAGUAAAACAGCUUUCUGCUGUAGUCUGUCAUGUUUAGGCCUGGUCCUGCAAGGGGCUAAGCAGACUUUAAGGUACUAAAAACCUUCCUGUUUUGCCGGUAUGAAUGAAGGAUGUUUGGGCUACUCUUGAAUUAGGCUAUUAGCUUGUUUGGUUUUGGCUUCUUAUUUAGUCACAGUCUUUGUGUUGCAAAUGUCGUUAAUACUGCCUACUAACCCACACUCACUCACUCUGUCCAUCCCAGUGUCUUUGUUGAGGCAACAGGGAGAGGCGAUGCUCGUUAAGUUACCACAGCUGGGUACAAAUUAGCUUCUGGUGUCCUGGGGAGUACAACAGGUUUGAUUUUCAGAUACCCAAAUAUGAAAAGAUUCUGCUGCUUUUGUGAGGCCGCAUUUUUCUCUGUCAGCUCAAGCUAUCUACCUGGGAGAUAAGCUUCCUUGAGAAAAAAAGAGCGACUGGGACUUGAGAAGGGCUGCCCUCCAUUUAUAAAGCAUUAAUCUGAAUGAAACAUGUUUGUAUUCCAUGUCAGAAGUGAAGAAACAAGUGACAGUUUCUCUUUCCAGUAAUGCUUUUAGUUUAUCCUACCCACAAAGGAACUGACAGCCGUCCUUUGAAAGGAAAGCACUUUUUUUAUGGUACACGUUUGCUGGACAUACGAGAUACUUACAUUGACAGACUACACUACUUGAUUGUUUUUUUUUUCCUAUUUAUUUUCUUUAACAAUAAGUUUCUCAGCAUCUCUACUUUCCAGAAAAACUUCACAAGGAUAACAAAUAAAAAUAGGAAAUUGGAUAUUAGUAUUAUUUUUCUGAUCAUUGUAUGCUCCGGAAUACAGAAUACUGUUGACACUGGCUUUUUAAAUACAACUGCUUUAAUAAGAGGCCUUAGUUUUUAUUUUAUUAAAUUCUAUAUUUAUUUUUCUUUGCAUCAGCAAAUCCAGAGAUUUUUCUGCUAAAAAAAAUUCUGUGAGGCAGAAAGGGUUCAACAGAAAUAAUCUCUGCCAGUGGUUCUUUUCUGCAUGGACUGUAAUUGCCCAGCUGAGAAUGUUUUAUGUACAGGGAAGCUCACCUCCAGCAUCUGGAGGCACCAGGCUUUGUGCUUAAGACAGUCUCAGGCACUAAAAUCGGAGUCACUACAUACUGAAGGGUGGCGGCUGCUUUUAUCAUUUCCCAACUCUGAUAGGAAAUGUGGCAUAUUAAUAUUAAAAAAAAAAAAAUCUGUCCUGAGAUGGGUAGGUCUUGUACAUUAUUUACAGGUGCAAGAAGUAAGUUAGGAUUGACAAUAGUGUUGACCUUCCAGAAAGAGAAGAGGCUAAUAUUAUAAAAUCUCUGGAAUUAUCUCGGGUUUUUUUGGACUGCUAUCUUCAGAUUAAGCAAUUAGUUUACAUAUAUUUUUGAAAGUAUUAGAAAUAGGCUGUUUCUGUUGUUAAAUGCAUAGGUAAAUGUUAAAUACGUUUCAAACACUUUCAUUCCAAGAUUUUAAAAGACUGGUUAUUUGUGUUUAUUUUUAACUUCAUUAAAUGGUUAAAGAAAAUGAAAACAAAAAAAAAACAUCCAGAGUUUGACUAUGAUUCCCAUCCCUGCAGUGUGUGAAAAUGACCUGUUAGCUUGCUGUGGUUUUAAUGAGUUCUGAGACAGAAGCAUGACAGCAGUAAAGUCAGGGAAGCUUGAGAAGCACAGAAAAUAUUAUUUAUUUAACAAAAAGAAAAAGGGGGAAAAAAAAGAAAACCAAAACCAAUAAUCAUACAGAAUUCCAUACAGCUCCUGCACACACUCCUGGGAGCCUGCACAGGGGGGUGGGUCUCACAGUGCUCUCGGGGUUUGUUCACAAACUCAGGCCAGGGUUGUGUUCCUACUUCUUGUGUCCAGCACUUCUGUAAAUAUGCGUCUCUUUGCCAUCUUUGGGUACUGUUUGGCCAACUCACGCUACACAUAAAUGAAGUAUUCUUUUUAGCUGUUUGUGUUGGAUUCCUUUGAGGCCAGUGGCUGUACCUCAGCAGGUCUUUCAGUCAGCCUCCCCCCCAUGUCCUGCCACCAAAAAUGAAGCACAUUCCAGUCACCACAAGAAGGAAAGUAAGUACUUAUCUCUGUCCUCUAAGUGUAGGAAAUGUCACCGUAUCCUAUGAUCUGUGGUUCCAGUAUAUACUCAUUGGCUUGGCCACAGAGUAUCCCUCACACUGAGCUUGUACAUGUAUGCAUUUCUUUGCUUAAUGGAUUUGCUCUAACUGGAUAAAGAGACGGAGCGAGAGCUCUGCUAGCACCUACCGUUAAAGACAGGAGCCAGUUGUUCUUUGCUUGACAUCCAGGGCACGCACGCUAAUGCCAGCUUAGCCUUGCUAAGCAUUAUCAAGAUAGCAGGCCUUCGUGGUGGACUGUUCCUACAUGUGCAGGAACUUAAAGAUGGGGUAAGCUGAUGAAGAUUCAUAAAUACAAACAUUCAGCUUUUGUUUUUCAACUGAGUGGGUAAAUACCUCUAAUUUUAGUCCCCAGUUUUCAGGAAACAUGCAAAGAACUACCAUCCAUGGUUUCCUUGGGUGCAGUCAGCAAUUCAGGGGUCUUUAAAACUUUUCUUUGCUUGUGUCUGUCCUUGAGCUGACAGGGUGAUUUCUUUUUCUGGCUGAAACUUGCAGCAUCUUGCUUAUACAUGUGAUUUAGAGCUGACUGCCAUAAUCCUGGGUAUGUGUCAUGUAUAUAAACGUUCACUUUCCUGAGCCUACAAAUGGUUGCAUGCAUCUUUGGUGACAAGUCAUCUCAAAAGAAAAAAAAUGAUACAGGAAAGAGAAUGAGGGAUGCUUACGUGCUCUUUGUGGGUUCCUUUUGGUCUGCCAUGAAGUUGGGAGCCUGCAAACUUUGUUCUCACUGUUUAACUAUUCUUCCAAGAAAGUACUCAUGUUCUGCUAGCAUCUGACUCUGAGUGAGGAAACUAGGGAGCAAUCUAACUUGUUAGAGCUGAUAAUAUGGAAAAGUGCUAAUUGUUUUAAUAACCUCUGAGUACAGUAGCAUUGCGUUGGACAGUUUCCAGCAGAUCGCACAUAUGUUUCAGCAUGAGUGUGCGUGGUGUCUCACGCUCUAAUUGAGUGGCACUGCAUUCACAGCUGCCUGGGGAUUGUGCUUGGUUUCCGCGAGGCUCCCAAAUCUUUGCCUUGCACAGCUAAUGUGCCAGAGGGACUCAAAGCCCCAAGGACCACAGCUGGAUGCAGUGGUCUGAGUUGGGAGCUGUUGUGAAUGCAGGUCAGAAGAGCCACGUGCACAUGCAUUCAAAUCACAGUUCUCUGAGGGAGGUAGCAUAUGACCUAAGAACAUGUGUAUCUGUGUGUCACCUCUCCUCUGGCCUUGGCUCCUUUCAGGGGCUUGAAACAACCAAGUUUUCCUAAGGCGAGAAGCUGAAAAGGUCUUUCACAGGUCUUGCUCUUUCUAGUCUCUAUGUUUGACUGAACGUUGUUCCCCUUUCUGUGCCCUCUGUUCUUCCUGUGCUCAGUGACUGCUAACCAAGAUUGUGUUACUGGCUCAGAGUGCUGGAAAUCCUCAUUUUUCUGCCCUUUGAACUGCCUGUUUACAGCAGCAUUUUAACUCUAUAAGCUUGGUAGGGAUGCAGUGUUACCUACACUUUGUGCAUAACCUCCAAGAGCCUGGGGCAAGCCAGCUCAAGUACGUGCUUGCAUUGAGGCCUCCCAGAUGCCACAGGCUGGCAUACCACUAUUUCAAACAUGAGAAAAAUAGCAGCAGGUGGUUGUUUUUAAAGUCAGGUCCUUUUGCUGCUGGAUAUUCUGUAUUUCAUGUGUCCAGCCCAGCCAUAGACUUAGAGAUCAGAUACAGGCACUGCUUCUACUCCCCCUGAAGCUGGUGACAAUUUGGUUGUUGGCUUCCACGACAGCAGAACCUGUUGCUUAAUAACUAGGUGCUGAUAAAGCCCUCAGUACCAGGGGGGCCAGUGGUGUCCCAUGGCCGAGUGAGCAGGUGGGUAGAAAGGAGCUGCUCAUCAUUCUUUUUCUCCAUCAUGCAAAGCUAUUCAUGUCAGAAGUGGGUCAAUGUAGCAAAUUUGAAGCAUGCAAUUCUCUUACAUCCAUGUCAGCUGUGACUUUUGACCUUUGAGGAGAAGCUGCACAGAGGCAAUUGCUUUUUGUCACACUAUUUAUAUUAGUGUUAAAUAAUGCUGCUAAACCGGUCUGUAGAACAGCAACAAGGAAAAAAAAAGCCUCUCAGCUCUUCAGGUGCAACACUCAUAAGCUGCUGCUAUCUGCUGUAGCAGGUGAACAAGUGAAAGGGGAGCUGCUCUAGUAGGUGGGAACCAGUAGCAAACACUGUGUAGCCUUCAGUGAAGAGAACAACCCCUUCUUGGGUACAGCCUGAAUUCACUCUGGGAGCUACUCUCGUGCACUGGUGCUGCAUCUGCACUGCAGAUGCUGUGCAUACACAGACGUACAUUUUAGGAAGAUCUGCAAAAGAAUUCUGCAACUCUUGACUGGAUCAGGAUAUAACCUACUCUAAACUCCAGUUUAGUCUGAAGCAACCAGUGUACAUCUACACUGGUGUCUGCUAGAAUUUUUUUUUCUUCAGGGUAUCCAGACAAAAGUAAACAGAGGAAGGAGCCUACAUUUUCAUUGUUUAACAGAAAUGUAUCUCAUUUUGCUGUACAUUCCUUUUUUAGGACAUGUUAUCUGUUUAAAAAAAGAAAAAGAAAAAAAGAAAAGAAAAAACAGAAAAAAAAAGAAAAAGAUAAAAGAUAAAAACAAAUGUGUAGUGAAAAAUCUUCUGUAACUUUGGAUUAAGAGGUAAUUAUGAUCUUUUUAAAAAGAGAACUAAGUUAUUUACUUUGUAAAUGUGCUGAUGGCAUGGAUCCAUCUUACUGACCUCAGCAUCUCUUUUUUUUUUUUUUUUUUUUUUAAGAUUUUGGGUUUUGUUUCCAAUAUUAAGUUAUUUUAAAUUGUGGUUGAAGCAAUAGAAAAUUGAAAUAUGGAUUGUGCAUGACUGUGUCUUGAGUGUAAAAAUAUUGCAGUUUGAAACUUGG